AUGGCCAAGAUUGCACCAACAGUAUUCAUUCCAUUAAGUUACAAAGUUCGAGGAACAGAUUCUUCAUUUUUUGUUGACGAUUUCAAAGUUGCAGAAACGUUGGCCAGUUUUAACAAGAAAAUUACAACUAUGACUGGAUAUAUGCUGUUGGUAUUAGUGAGGCCUGGAUUACCAUAUGUGGUGAUUGAUUCUACUGCAAACGACAAAAUAAAGACAUUGGUGGCUAAGCGUUACGAUGUUAACCUAAAAGCCCUAGACCUGACGCACUUCCACACAGAUCCAGAUCUAAUUGACAAUUACGCUUUACCAUUGUUCAUACCCGCAGUGAUGUUGGUAGUACUGGAUAUCAUUGUGGAUUGUGUUCAUGACCUGGCAGCACUUUAUUUGUCAGACAACAAACUGCACUCGCUUCAUGACCUCAGUGUUCUUUCUAUCAAAUUACCUAAGCUCAAAGUCCUUCGCAUUGGAAGAAACAGGAUACAGGAUUUGCAACAACUGGACUGUUUAGAGAGCCUGCCCCUAGAAGACCUAAUGCUGAAUGGAAAUCCUCUCCGAGACAAAUAUCAAGACCACAACGCAUAUAUACGUGACGUGAAGAAGAGGUUUCCAAAACUGUUGAAGCUUGACGGAGUUGAACUGUCACCACCGAUCAAGCCUGAUGUUAGUGAACCCCUACAGAUGCCAACAAUUAAUGAGAACUACUCGUGUCCAGAAGAAGGCAGAAGCUUCGUCCAUCAGUUCCUGGCAGCGUACUACCAACUUUAUGAUAAUAAUAACAGGGAACAACUGGCCCGUGCUUAUCUUGACAAUUCCAUGUUGUCACUGACAUCAACUUAUGUGCAGGAUCAGAGUUCUGAAAACACUUCUGAGUUUGUAAAACAUGUCACAGAGAGCCUGAAUUUUCUUAGUGUGAAAGAUGACAGUAGAGGACAGAAGUCAUCGUAUCAUGGGAAAAGGGAUAUUAUCGCCUGUCUUUCCAAGCUGCCAAAGACGCAGCAUGUUCCAAAUUCAUUUGUCACGAACCUCAAAGUUUUCACACCACAGGUGAUUCUGAUGUCACUGACUGGCUUAUUUUGGGAACUAGGACCCACAGGAAAACAACUUCUUAGGUCAUUCAGCAGGGACCUGGUCAUUGUGCCUCAUGGCCAAGGUCACUGCAUAAUGAACGAGGAGCUCUCUGUGACAUGCGCAACGGACAACCAAACUGAGGUGGGACUGAGAACUUCAGGGCCAGCUGAAAUGUUACCAUCAACCACACGGGUUACAGUUGCAGCAUCUCGUCAGGUUGAACUUAUAGAUGAUGGAAUGAAGCAGCGGAUGGUAGAUGGUCUUGCCGCUCAGACUGGAAUGAAUAUGCAGUGGGCACAAAAGUUCUUCAUGAAGGCAACUGGGAUAUUCAGCAAACGAUAUAUAUGUUAAUUGUAAUGAGUAAGCAAGGGACAAUACCAGCAGAAGCUUUUGUUAAGUGAAUCUUUCAUCAGAAAAUUAUUUGUUAACUUAUGAAAGGGCAUUUUUCAGCCUCCUGUAUGUCUCAAUAUACAUGUGAAAAAUUGUGAAUUGAUACAUUAAAU